CUGCCGGUCGGAGUUUUAGGAAGUUUGCCGGAGAAAGUCCUCCAGGGCUCGGCGUUCCCUUCCUCUCACUCCCCGCUGUCUCUCAGCAGCAUCAUCUCUCUCGAAGAUGGGUGACUGGAGUGCGUUGGGUCGACUCCUGGACAAGGUGCAGGAGCACUCGACGGCCGGAGGAAAGGUCUGGCUCUCGGUGCUCUUCAUCUUCCGCAUCCUGGUGCUGGGCACGGCCGUGGAGUCGGCAUGGGGCGACGAGCAGUCCGCCUUCAAGUGCAACACUCAGCAGCCCGGUUGUGAGAACGUGUGCUACGACAAAUCCUUCCCCAUCUCACACGUGCGCUUCUGGGUGCUGCAGAUCAUCUUCGUGUCCACGCCCACGCUCCUCUACCUGGCGCACAUCUUCUACCUGACCCGCAAGGAGCAGAAGCUGAACCACCAGGAGGAGGAGCUGCUGGCCGUGCAGAAGGACGGCGCCGACGUGGAGGAGCCGCUCAAGCGCAUCGAGCUGAAGAAGCUGAAGCACGGCCUGGAGGAGCACGGCAAGGUCAAGAUGAAGGGCGCCCUGAUGCGCACCUACGUCUUCAGCAUCCUCUUCAAGUCUCUGUUCGAGAUUGCCUUCCUGCUCAUCCAGUGGUACAUCUACGGUUUCACCCUGUCCGCCGUGUACACCUGCGAGCGCUCUCCGUGCCCACACCGCGUCGACUGCUUCCUGUCGCGUCCCACCGAGAAGACGGUGUUCAUUAUUUUCAUGCUGGUGGUGUCGCUGGUGUCGCUGGCGCUGAACGGCGCCGAGCUCUUCUACGUUUUCUUCAAGCGCAUCAAGGACCGGGUCAAGGGGAAACCGGGUCCGUUUCAGUCCAACACCCUAUCCCACGCCCCCAAAGACCCACCCGGCUCCAAGUACGCCUACUACAACGGCUGCUCGUCACCGACCGCCCCGCUGUCGCCCCCGGGAUACAAGCUGGCCACGGGCGAGAGGACCAACUCCUGCCGCAACUACAACAAGCAGGCGAGCGAGCAGAACUGGGCCAACUACAGCACGGAGCGCCAGCGCCUGGGUCAACACGGCAGCACCAUCUCAAACUCCCACGCCCAUGCCUUCGACUUCCCCGACGACACCCACGAGCACAAGAGGCCGGCCAUGAGCAGCGAGAUGCAGCCGCUGGCCGAACCCAGACCGACCAGCCGCGCCAGCAGCCACGUGAGCAGCCGGGCCAGGCCGGACGACCUGGACGUCUAACGGCGGCGUCCACCCACGCCUCGGCUGUGCUGUGGACGCUGGGGGGACGUGGAGAGUCUCCUGCGCCCGGGGGAAAGGUGCUGGCCGGUGCCUUGUAGACUCUGGACGCAGGGACGUAAAUUUACUCACACUGCUGGAGGUACUAUGUGUUAAUUAACGUCGUCGUCGAAGACUAGCGGCACUAACGCGCUAUUAACAGCUGAAUUAACGGUGAAAUGGGGGGGGGCGGAGGCCGAGAGGCCGAGUUUACGUCCCGGAACACCACCAUUCCCCCCGGAUGUGUUUAACUGGGUGAUAUGAUCUGUUUCUGAACUGUUGUGUAACUCGUUAGCCAGUCGUUACGUUAACAUGCCCGUCGUGUUCUUCAUCUCUGUGGACUCCACGCGUCUCACGUUUGGGUUCCUGGUUCUGAAGUUCAUGAAUUAGCGUUUAUUUAUUCGUCGGUUACUACAGGAUGUUCACCACUUAACGACUUGACGACUACUACUCCAGGUCAUAUCCAUGUAAAUUCUCAUCACGUUUAGACAAUAACCAUGACUAGAUCCGCCAGCAUAUUUAUUGACCAUAAUCCAAAUUCCAGCAAUAUACAUCUAAUUAACACUCGGUUGCUUUUAUUAAUCGUAGCGGACUCGUUGAUUUUUUCCUGAUAAACUUUGAAUAUAUGUGGGUGUUAGUUUGAUUUCUGUGUGUGUUUAAUGGGUGUGGGGUGGAAACACGAGACCUCGUUCACACCCGGCGGUUCAUGAGACGCGACUCUACCGAAUUCUACCAAAUUUAAUCAACGUGAAUUUACAUUCUGCAGAACCAGAUCGUAAACUGAACUUUUCUUUAAUUCUUCUGCAUGGCUGAGAGUUAGGGGCCUCACUCAAGGGCCCAACAGGGAGUGGCUUUGGCAGCUUGUAGUCUCAACAUUCCAAUCAACAGUCCAGUGCUUUAAUCACUGAGCCACCACUUCUCCCCAGUAAUAUUAGACAGGAACCAGGGUGAGAAUCAAACCCAGGACGCUGGAGUUGAGCAGCACUUACUUGCGGACCUGCUGAGGGGUCAAACAGUGGCCCCUCGGUGGUAAGUUUAAAUUCCCAACCUUUUAAUCAGCUUUUGGUCAAGUAUUGCAACCACUGAGCCACUACUUUUCCCCGGUAAGAUUAAAUAGACAGGAACCAGGGUGAGAAUCAAACCCAGGACGCUGGAGUUGAGCAGCAUCUACUGCACUUUUAUUCUGGGUGGUUUACAGUUGUGACCGUACACAAUUCUGAUCGGCCCUUCAGCAAAAAAAUCGGUUUAAAUUCUGAUCAGCUUCCGGUCAAAUAUUGCACCCGCGUCACGUUUGUGGAAAAAAUGUAGGUGGUGUUCAUGCUGCACUGCAUCCAGCGACCUGGGUUCAAACCUUACCACAAGAUUAAGUGUAAAGUUUGUUUCUGGAACUUGCUAUUUAUCAGUCAGCAAGCCAGUGCUUUAGUUGGCGUUUUAUCGUGUUUAAAUUCUUGAUUGGAUGUGCUACAAACAGUUCCCCAAAAAAUCACUCCCGUUCCCUUUAAAUAUGCUGACGUGAUCCUGCAUUCAUAUGAGCGGCAGGCGGUGUGGGUGAUAAACAUCAGCAGGGUCUCUCAGACCUGGGUUUGAGUUCCACUUCUCAGUGGAAUCUCAGUGGUUUAGGUGCUGGACUAGUAAUCAGAAGGCUGUCGGUUCAAGCCCUGUGAUCACCAAGUUGGGUCCCUGAAUGAGGCCCUUAUUUCUAAAUUUCUCAGUUUAUAAUUGUAAGUCACUUUAGAUAAAGUAUCUGCAGAAAUGCUAAAUAUAAACGUUUGGGUUUUAUUUCUGUACUUCCUAAGUAAACGUUCUAAACCCUGCAGGUGAAUCGGGAGAGGUAAAUCUGCACCCUGAGCUGUAAACACGUGACCCGCUGUUGGUUCCCCUGAUUAUCCUGAACCGUUGAGAUUUUGAUCACGUCGCUCCUCACGUAUGAACUCUCCGGGUGUAAACGCGUCGGUUUCUUUUAUUCUGCUGGUUCUCCUCGUCAGAAAGGCUUUAUAUGUUUAUAUGUUUUAUUCUUUUGGGUUUUAUUUGUUAGAAAUGAUUUUAUUUGUUCUUUUUUGUUGUUCUUUGCUCGGUGUGAAUGUUUUUCUCUCUAAUUUGGAUUUGUGUAAUCGUGCUGCUUGUGAGGUAGAGAUUUAGUACUGUAAAUCAAGCUAACUGUCAGAAAUGUGAGUUUUGUUUAGAAGACUCUGUAGUUAAAUCGUUAGAGCUGGACUAAUAUUUAGUCAUUUAAUUGAAAAUAAAAAUAAGAACCAUGUUUGCCAGUGUAGCGACAACAAAAACCACCAACUUACAGUAAAGUUAAGAUGAAAAUCCGGACCGGACGUAUAAACCUUACAUUACAGAAUAUCGGUACUCGAACCCGGUGCUUCUGGGAUUUUUUGUUUUUACUGCUACGCCGGUGUUUGCACUGAGAUUUGGGUGGAGACGUGGAGGGUGUCGUACCAUGCAGAUUUGGCAGCGUUAUGAGCGUUUACUAAUUUAUUUGACCACACGCCAGGCAGAAAAUCACUAGGCUGAAGGUUUUCACGUGAACCCGGGCGGGAUAUUGAACCGGAGCAGGAUAUACAUCCACUGACUGAGGUGAAUAGAGUUGUGAGAGCAAAAAAAAAUUAUUAAUCAUUCUGUGAACAAAAGUCUGUUUUAACCAAUAAAGAUUUUCUUUGUAAUAUGA